CUAAAGCUGAUUGGGUUUUUCUUUUAACUACGCUGAUCCUUGUAUGUAUUCUCAUUUAUAUCGAUUUAAUUAGUAAUAUAGGCCUACCAUAUUUGAGUAACUGUUGUAGAGGAAAAGGUGGAGAAUCUUGUAUUUGUUUGCCUGGUUGACUAUACAUUUCCUCUGAACUGUAACAAUGUCAACUUUGUUGAACGAGGGGGAGAGAAAAUAAGAAAACGAACAAUCCAUGAAAUGCACAACGCGCACCCCUGUGCGCACGGCACUCUUAACUACCGUGGAAGUUCAGCAAACGGGCAACACUACAUACAGAGGUUGUGUGAACGUGGAUGCAUCGCUGUUCUCUGGGUCGGACUGUCGGUGACACUGGGUUAAUAUAGGGAAACUUCCGCAGCCUUCCAUAUCACAAACAUCUACGGAGGAGCGAGCAUGAGAUCCGGGAGUACCGUACAGUAGGCGAGAGGAAAGAAAGACAUCGAGUUGGAACCGGAGGAGGGAGUGGACGAAAAAACGAUUCACACACUGGAUUUGAGAUGGCGCUGGCGAGCGACCCCGGUGCCGGCCAGCAGCAGACCCAGGCCCAGAAGGAUGCCGCGGACCAGAACUUUGACUACAUGUUCAAGCUGCUGAUCAUCGGCAACAGCAGCGUGGGGAAGACCAGCUUACUCUUCCGCUACGCUGAUGACUCCUUUACCUCUGCCUUCGUCUCCACCGUGGGCAUCGACUUCAAGGUUAAGACGGUCUACCGCAACGAGAAGAGGGUCAAGCUACAGAUCUGGGACACGGCGGGCCAGGAGCGUUACAGGACCAUCACCACAGCCUACUACAGAGGAGCCAUGGGCUUCCUGCUGAUGUAUGACAUCACCAACCAGGACUCCUUCUACGCUGUGCAGGACUGGGCGACCCAGAUCAAGACGUACUCGUGGGACAACGCCCAGGUGAUCCUGGUGGGGAACAAGGCUGACCUGGAGGACGACAGGCUGGUACCAGCGGAGGACGGACAGAGACUGGCUGAUGAACUGGGGUUCCAGUUCUUCGAGGCCAGCGCCAAAGACAACAUCAACGUGAAGCAGGUGUUCGAGCGUCUCGUCGACGUCAUCUGCGAGAAGAUGAGCGAGAGCGUGAAUGGGGAGCCCAGCCCAUUGGCCAAUCACAAGGGCCCCAGCCUGCAGGACACGCCCCCAGACAAGGGUGGCUGCUCCUGCUGAUAACGCCUUAAACAUACAUACCGUAUACAUGCUCGUACACACACACACACACUGAAAAAUUAAAUACACAAACCACUCCCCACACACGCUCAUUGACUUGCCAGAAAUCUAGCGUUGUGAAUGUACUUUUGGUUUUGUAUAACAUUGUUGCUACUAUCCUUAUUACCGACUGGUUCCCCAGUCUCUUGCACUCACUUUGCUUCUAACAACAGAUUUCACAUCAGUCCUCUUGUUUAGAAUGAGCUGAUGGAAUGUAUUUUGCUAUAGGAUAGGCUUCUCGGAGUAGUGUGAAGUUUCCCCUAGACGCUGAUCUUGCCUCAGUUUUACAU